AAGUAGUUCAAGGCCCUGGAUGGAUAGCCUGGACCCUGAAACCCUGUAUGUGUCUCCGGAGCAGACUGGACAGCCCACACUCCCCCUCCCUAACUCGGAAGUCUCCAACUUGGCACUAGGGGGAUGCACCAUCCAAUCCAGAUGAAGCCAGCUGACAGUGAGAAAAACAAUGCAGUGGAAGACAGGAAGCUGUUUAUUGGAAUGAUCUCCAAGAAAUGUAACGAGAACGACAUCCGACUGAUGUUCUCACCGUACGGACAGAUAGAGGAGUGUCGGAUACUCAGAGGCCCUGACGGACUCAGUCGUGGUUGUGCAUUUGUGACAUUCACAGCUAGACAAAUGGCCCAGUCAGCCAUCAAGUCCAUGCACCAGUCCCAGACCAUGGAGGGCUGUUCAUCGCCCAUCGUGGUGAAGUUUGCAGACACUCAGAAGGACAAGGAGCAGAAGCGCAUGGCCCAACAGCUGCAGCAGCAGAUGCAACAACUCAGUGCUGCUUCCAUGUGGGGAAAUCUAACUGGGCUCAACAGCCUGGGGCCACAGUACCUAGCACUCUACCUACAGUUGCUGCAGCAGUCAGCCUCAACGGGGAAUGCACUCAACAACCUGCACCCUGUUUCAGGUCUUAAUGCCAUGCAGAACCUGGCUGCUUUAGCAGCAGCAGCAACUGCCACACAGGCCACAGCCACAGGCUCCAGCGCCAUGACAACAUCUAGUAGCCCACUAAGUGCACUAACAAGCUCAGGCUCCUCCCCCACUUCCAGCAGCAACUCAUCAGUGAACCCCAUGGCUUCUUUGGGGGCUCUGCAGUCUCUGGCUGCUGGUUCUGGAGCUGGCCUCAACAUGGGCUCCCUGGCAGGCAUGGCAGCACUGAAUGGCAGCCUGGGUUCUGGAGGCCUGUCUAAUGGCUCAGGAAACACCAUGGAGGCACUGAGCCAGGCCUACUCGGGCAUCCAGCAGUACGCCGCUGCUGCCCUCCCUAGCCUGUACAACCAGAGCCUGCUGUCCCAGCAGAGUGUCUCAGCAGCAGGCAGCCAAAAGGAAGGUCCAGAGGGUGCCAACCUGUUCAUUUACCACCUGCCCCAGGAGUUUGGAGACCAGGACCUGCUCCAGAUGUUUAUGCCCUUUGGAAAUGUCAUCUCUGCUAAAGUCUUCAUUGACAAACAGACAAAUCUCAGCAAGUGUUUUGGCUUUGUGAGCUAUGACAACCCUGUGUCAUCACAGGCAGCCAUCCAAUCGAUGAAUGGCUUCCAGAUCGGUAUGAAGAGGCUGAAGGUGCAGCUGAAGCGCUCAAAGAAUGACAGCAAGCCCUACUGAAGGUGCUGAGGCACUGCAGACUUAGUUAGGCAGGGUGGUGUUAUGAUCUCUUCCUGUUUGCCCUAGCAUGUUGAUGUGGCGUCACAGUUCAUCGUCCAGUCCUUGUCUUCUGCGCUUCUCUGAUGCUUCCAAAUUCACCUUUGACCUUGUGUUUGAUAUUGAUUACUAGGAGGUUUUGUUUUCCCAUAUGUCCUCUGUGCUGCCAACAGGGGCACUAGAAAGACUGCCACCGGACAUGUUUAAAAGUCACAUCAGAAUUAUUACAAGCAAAAAAAAAAUAAGAGAAUCUAUUUUUCUAGAACUGACUGACAUAGACAACCACUAGAUUUUUUGCUAAAUCAGCUUGAGUCUGACCUUUAACUUUGUUUUUAUCGCCUGUGUUGUGGGGGGCAGUCCUCCCAGUGCCUCUCACCCUCUGGUUUUGUUGUGUUCUCUCGUGUGAAAGCCGCUAAUCUGUCUCUGUGUGUGAGUGUUGGCGUGUGUCUCCUGAGAUAGAAAAACUUUCCAAGCAAGUUAGCGAUCAUGUGUUGUUGGAUAUUUUGUAAUUUAAUUCUAGGCUAGCUAAUGAGGGUUCAUCCUCUGGGAGUUCCUAUUUGAGUGAUGUUAUGAGGAGGUAACAUUUAUUGUCAGUGUAAGAAAAAAAAAUCAGUUUUUACUUUCAAGCCUGUGGGCUCACCACCGCAAGCACACGAUGCUGUUCUGCUCUUUUUUGUGUGGAGAAUCAGACACAAAGACUUUUGUCACAGUAUAUUUAGUAUGCAUGUUUUUUUUUUAUAUCUGCACUGAAAUUCUUGGCAAAAUGUGAUCUAGUUUGUGUUAAGUUAAAAAUGAUGAAUAAACUGGUGCCAAAUGUUUUGCACAAUCAGUAUUUCCCCCUUUUUUUAUUGGACUUGCUGGCUUUACUGUUCAGACUGGUUGUAGAGGCAGGGGUUUGCUUGUGUGGUUCUACUGAAGAACUGACUCAGGCUUAAUGACAAGGUGACUGGUUGCCACAUUAAAUGAAGUUUGUGCAGAGCUAGAGUGCUCACAGGCUGAUAUCAAACACAGGUGGUCUACUCAUAAGCAGUUGUGUGUGCAUUCUUUGUGUUUGUGUGUAUUCACACUCAUUUACACUGCAGUCUGUGUGUUUACCAGACCGGUGGACCCUCGUUGUGACUUGUACCGAGUGUAAUCUACCAUUCACUCAUGAUUUCAUGCUGCUUGAAUAAAACUUUUCCAGGUCUUGUAGUUUU